UACUUGGUCGGUGCAUUCAGCCAGUUGCCAUUUGGGGUUAUAGUUCUGUCACAGUGUGUGUCUUGCGGAGUGUCGAUCGUAAUCCCUUUGCUACAUUUUCAUCGAAAUGGCUGAUCAGUUGACAGAGGAGCAGAUUGCUGAGUUCAAAGAGGCGUUCUCGCUCUUUGACAAGGACGGCGAUGGAACCAUCACCACCAAAGAGCUGGGCACCGUCAUGCGCUCGCUGGGUCAGAACCCCACAGAGGCCGAGCUGCAGGACAUGAUCAACGAGGUGGACGCCGACGGUAACGGAACGAUAGACUUCCCCGAGUUCCUGACCAUGAUGGCCAGGAAGAUGAAGGACACGGACAGCGAGGAGGAGAUCAGAGAAGCAUUCCGUGUCUUUGACAAGGACGGCAACGGUUACAUCAGCGCUGCUGAGCUUCGUCACGUGAUGACAAACCUCGGGGAGAAGCUGACAGACGAGGAGGUGGAUGAGAUGAUCAGAGAAGCAGAUAUCGAUGGAGACGGCCAGGUUAACUACGAAGAGUUCGUACAAAUGAUGACGGCGAAGUGAAGGCCUUGUACAGAUUUCUUAUAAAUAAUUUGCCUUUUUUUUUUUUCUUUGUGUAAUUUAUCUGUAAAAUCUUAAUAGCCCCCCCACCCCACCCUUCGUCCUCUUCCCCCUGCUGUCCAAAGGAACUGCAUGUAAACUGCAUAGGCUCUUGAGUCCCCAUGUCCCUUUCUUUUGCUGUCAUCGUGUUUUUGGAGUGACGGGAGCUCAUACUACCAGAUGCCUGUCGCGGCCCAGGGGCUGGAGAGCUUGGAACCCUCCCCGUCAUGACGGCUCAGCCCCCCUCGACGCGUGGCGACAUUGGAGACCUGUCAGCUGGUAGUCACUCGACAACACCAUUGGCAUGGAAACGAUGUGGAGAAGUUAACUCUGCAUGGACUACGGACAAAGUGUAUAUGGAAAUCUCUUGGCAUUGCACUACUGCAAAAAAAAACGAAAAAAAAAAAAAAAAGAUAUUAUGACACGGGUGUAUCUUCUAGGUACUCGUACAACUUUUUGUAUCUGCUGUUCUAUACCAGAAAACAAUUUUGUUUUAAUCUUACUAUGCUUUUUAAUGUUUAACUCACAUUUCUUUUUCUUUUCUUUUUUUUUUAUGGCCUUUGGUCAUGCCUCAAAUAAUCCAUUCCAAGUUGUAUAUUUUUGUUUUCCAAUAAAAUUUACAAUUUACCCAGA